AUGUAUGGUUCCAGCCCCUCACUAUGUCUUAAGGCAUGUGAGUGCGCAGCUAAGAUCUUGCUCCUGGAAAACCUCUCUGAUAAUGAUUUUUCUUGUGCUGAAGUCUUAGCAGGACUGAUCUCCAGACUUUUCCACUCAAGCUGCUCACGACUUCCUGCGGUAAAGUCUUGUAUAGAAAAAUUCUUCGCCAUGUUCUCUUCUGUCCAGAGACCGAUUUUGUGCUUCACAUUGCAUAGUAGGCGGGCUCUGAACUUAAUAGUUGGUGGUGCAACACAGUAUAGGCUUUUGAAAAACGCUCCUGACAGAGAGCAAGGUUCUGUGCAACCAGUUUUUCUACGUGAGCUACUUGAUUAUCAAAAGGAUCAUCCUGAUGAUGCCUGUGCUUCACUGUAUUGGCAGACUGCUGCAGCAUUGGAUCUGGACGAGUUUUGGAAGCCAUCGGGAGCUUCUUGA